CCCUUGGUCGUGCAGAAACGCUCAGGGUUGCAACAGAAACACCCGCCGUCUUUUUUCUUUGCAUAUUUAUAAACGCAUCGUAUCCCAUUUCUAUUCUUACCAAGGUUCGAGUUAUUUUUGAGGCCAGUUGCAUGCAUUGUUCGUCUCCAAAAAUGGUUUGCGAGACAAAAAUUGUUGCGGAUGAACACGAUGCCAUACAAGGGACAAAAAAAGAUUCUAUUAUCCUUUCCUCCUCGCAAAUGUGGACUUCUUCCACACCUGCACCGAAUCCUCUCGAGGAAAAUGAUGUGAGGAAAGAUACGGUUUUGAUCCGCGAGUUUGAGCGCACGGACCAUGUGGAGGUGCGCCGCAUCUUUUAUGAGGGGAUAAUGGAGAGGAUACCCAACACUGCGUUCAGAGGCAUAUUACAGCAAAGUCAAACCCAAUUCGUAUAUGCUCUUCUGACACUGAUGUGCUUUGUUGUGACCAAAUCCCUCGCGCUGACCUGCUGCGCGCCGUUCCUUCUCAUGGCCGGGCGCUACUUCUACAGCCACAAAGUUAUCCACAGCUAUCUGGCCUGCGCGCUCCACACUGACAUGGCAGACAUCGAGGAGUAUUACAUGAAACCUACAGGCUCAUGUUUCUGGGUGGCAGUGCUGGAAGGUCAGGUGGUCGGCAUCGUGGCGGCGCAGGGCCGGGAGGACGACAACACGGUGGAACUACGCCGCAUGUCGGUGGACUCGCGCUUCCGCGGCAAGGGCAUUGCCAAGUUGCUGGGGCGCCGCGUGCUAGAGUUCGCCAUGCAUAACAACUACGCCGCCGUCGUCCUGGGAACCACCGCCGUCAAGAUGGCCGCCCACAAGCUGUAUGAGUCGCUGGGCUUCCGGCGGACCGGCGGUAGCGAGGAUUACAUGCUGCCCGGAAUGAGCCGCUCGCCGCAAGAGAGGCUCUUCUUCCAGAUCCGUUACCAACGCUACCGUCUGCAGCUCCGUGAGGAGUGAGGGAUGAGAGAGGGGGAGAGAGGGAUGGAGAGAGAGAGAGGGAGAGAGCAACGAUACCACCUCGAGGCAGAGCCCCUCGCCCAACGAUCCUCGACCAAGUCCUUCUCCUCUGACAACUUUCUUUAUUUUGUAUUAUUAGAGUUACUUCUUCUUACUACUACUGUUUCUAUUCAUUCAUCUUAAGUCACUAACUUUUWAUCGGUUUUAGUUUAUUUGUAUUUAUUUUGUACAUUUUGAAUAUAGUGCCCCCCCCCGAGUACAUUUAUUUAAUUUUUUUACCCUGUCCUGUUGUAAAAAAAAUCCCUAACAUAUAUCACCAUCCCAUGCCUUUUCAAAUGACAUCAACUGAGUGUUCCCUUUGCUUUUGAUACCAUGUGAUUGUUCCUCACCGUAUUCAUUACCUCUACCAGCCCCUCCAACAUCUACCCCCUCCUGCUCAAUACGUGGCAUUUCUAUCUCAAACGCACCCUGUCUCUCAUUAGCCCAACUAAGCCCUCUCCAUUGUCACAACAACGUGUGUGRCCGAAAAGACCUAGACAGAAAGACUAAGUAGGAUGGCAUUUGUCCAGCCACUUCAGCACAGCCCAUAUACCAGCAGCCCUGUGGAGAGACAAGAGGAACAAAUCAAAUCAAAUGUUAUUGGUUGCUGACCCAUAUUUGACGGAUGUUAACACAGGUGCAACGAAAUGCUUGUGUUUCUAGUUGCAACAGUGCAGUAAUAUCUAACAAUACAAAACAAUACACACAKA